AUGGAUGAAGGUGCUUUAAAUGACUGUUUUCCCACAUUGUAUAUGUUCCUUCAUGAAAAUAAUUUAAACUUGAUAGAAUCUAUCAAAUUAGUAUUCAUGGAACACUUAUCACAACUUAUUGUUCACUUCCAAAAUUAUUUUCCCGAGGACGAUCAACAACGAAAUUGGAUUAAAGAUCCUUUUACUACUGAUCUACCGUCAGAAUUAACAAUUACUGAACAAGAACAACUGAUAGACUUGUACUCAGAUUCAGUAUCAAAAUCCAAAUUUGUAUCAUUAUCUUUACCAGAAUUUUGGAUAGCUAUGAAGAAGCAAUAUCCGAUCGUAGCCAAUAAGGCUAUCAGGACUUUAAUUCCAUUUGCUUCUUCAUACUUAUGUGAAACGGGUUUUUCGGCCUUAGCAGUUAUCAAAAGUAAAUACAGAGGAAAACUAAAUACCGAAAAGGAAAUGAGAAUCGCACUAUCAAAAUUUACCCCACGAUUUGAUGAUUUAAUGCAACAAAAACAAGCACAGCCGUCCCAUUAA